AUGGGUUAAUGUGUCACUAAAGAAGGAGAUGAAUAAAGAAGUAUGUAAAGAAACUCUUAAAAACCUACAAUAUAACCGAUGAUAAGAACAUACAGCUCAAAAUUAUUAAACCCUAACAUUAAAGAUUGCGUAAUAAUAGAAGAAGAGUCUUAUUUAUAAUAAAGUUCUUUGUACUCCAUAUAUACAAUAAUGGAAGAAAACCAAGUGAAAAGAUCAACUUUAGCUAAUGCAGUAUCUAAGGUAAAACCUUUGGGUAAUACUAUCACAUCAGGAAUAGCAGUGCAAUUCAUCAAUAUUAGUAAUGGAAGAAAAUUGCAUUCUCAUGCUAUUAAGUAAGAUAAAGGUUUAAAAUAACAUGAAGUAAGCUAAUGCAAUGAAAUUGAAAAGACAGAUUAUGAUGAAUGGUUAAUUUUAACAAAUCAUUAUGAACCUGUAAAAGAUGGUGAUGUUGUGGCAGUAUUUAAAUUCUUAAUUUUUUCAGAUUUAACAUAAAAUUACAAAAUGCAUUCUAAGAUCUAGUAAUGGCAUCAUGACAAAAUCAAAGUUAUAAUAGGUUUCUUGUGUAGAUAUUAUUUAAGAUUUAACAGAAGAUGACUAUUGGAUCAUAGAAAUCCUUAAUGAUUCAAAAUAAAUUAGCAAAUUACAUAGCAAUAAUCUAAUUAGUAAAUAUUUGAAUUUACAAAAAUAAGGAAUAAAGCAUGCUCACACGAAUUCCUAUCUGUCUGGAACCAAAAAUAAAGCAGUUCUUAAAGGACACAUGGAAGUCUGUGUAACCUAAUAACCUGGCCAUGAUAUCUGGGUUGUUGAGGAAACAAUUUGA